AUGCAAAAACCCUCUCUUCGGAAACGUUCCAAACGGAUUUCCUAUGCUGAAGAUGAAGAUGAUAACAGUUUUGGAGAGGAAGAGAUAGUGGAAGAACAUUUUGAUGAUGAUGAUGUUGAGGAGGAAGAGAUAAAGAGGAGGCCAACAAGGUCUUCCAGCCGAAAACAGACCACAUCAACCGAGAAGUCAACUCCUCGGAAGAAGAGACAGCAACAAGAAGAUGAAGACCAUGAUGAUGAUUAUGUUGAAAUGGAUGACAUUUCGGAAAACAAUGAUGAAACUCCAAGAAUGAGUUCAACAAGGAAGAAUAGUAGAAAUGCUCAUCGGACUAGUAACGGCAGCAAGGCAAAAUCGUCGCCAAGCACGGGCGGUAAGCGCAUGACUACUAAUAAUAAUACCAAAACGUCGGCAGCUACUAGUCAUACCAAAACAUCAACAACUAGUCCUAGCACUCAUAAAACCACCUCACCAACAAGAAAUGCUACUCGUAGCAACAAACAAGUAGCAUCCUCCAGCCCUUCGUCAAACGCAUCAAGCAAGCAUACCGCCGAAGGCACACACCAAAUUAAGAAUCAGGAUUCCACUUGUGAGGAACAACAAGAUGAAGACAACAAUAACGACGAAAAUGCAAUCCUGUUCAUUUCAUCAUCAUCCUCUUCCGAGGACUCUGAGGACGAAUAUAUCAAUCCAAGUGGAAGUGACGAUGAGGGUUUAGAAGAAUUAAGCCAUUGGGUUGACAUUGACGAAUCCGAAGAUUUGGUUGUGACAAUGAGUGAUGACGAGGAUGAGCAAGAUGACUCUGCUGAAGAAGACGAUGAUGAAAGCAGUGAUGACCAAGAUGAUGAAGACUAUCGCGAAUCGAAACGAAAAAAGCCACAAAAAUCGCGAAAAUCGACAUCUACUUUAACAAAACGCAACAAUGUGACGAAACGGAGAAGAGAAAAAAGCAUUUCGCCCCUGCCUGUUUCCAGGAAUUCAAAAACUGGAUCAAACACCAAUCAACGACGAAAGAAGAGCCCUGCGACCAAAUUACCAAGUCCUGCAUCUCGAGGAGGUCGUUCGAGAAAAUCUCCAGCCACUCGGCAGGAGUCACCUUCAACGAGCUUGGACACCAAGAAUGGAGUACCAAAUUUAUAUCAAAUUUAUAACGUCUCUGAAGUUCAAGAACAAUUACAAGAAUACAAUAGGUCAAGAAUUGCAGAAAUGAACCACGAGAGUGAUCACGAAGAACAUACUCUUCAAAAUAAGCAGCUUGGAAAAUCGCAAUUCACUAACUUGUCCAUUCAACAUCCUGUCCAGAAAAAUUCCACUCUUCCACCUAAUGUGACUGUUCAUACCAACAUUUCUAACGAUACGAUCAAAAACCCAUCUCCCAACAGAGAUACCUGUAGCAAUCAACAAGUGUCUCUGGUUACACCAUAUUCCAAAUCUAAAUGUGAAUUUUUCAAACUUCCACAAACAACCUCCCUAGCAAAUGAAGAGAACGACCUGCACAUGAAUGAGAAUAUCAAUAUGGCACCCUCUAUUGGAGUGAAAUUAGCCAAUUUCGAUGGCUUUCAAAGUUUGAUUGAAAAGAAAUUACUUCUCAAAAAUGCUUCAUUGGAUGAAGAAAAUGAUGAAAACCAAGAGGAUGACCAACCUUACGACCCUAGCUUUAUUUCCGAGCAUGUUUCUAAUGCAGUUGCUGUUGGUGCCUCGUCACACUACACAAUCAAGCCCUUCAAAGAUGGCCAUUAUAUCAAUUGUGAUUUACGAUAUUUUACCCUUUCUUCUCUAGGAAAAUUUGACGUCAUUCUCAUCGACCCACCUUGGAGAGUGGUUCAGAGCCGUCCUCAAGAAGCCAUGAUGUUCAGCAACACAAAUUUUAAACUCAACUACAACACUCUCUCGUAUCAAGAAAUUAUGGACAUUAAUGUUGGAUCAUUAUGUGAUCAGGGUUUUUGCUUCUUGUGGGUCCUCAACUCUUCAUUGCAAUUUGGACUUAAUUUAUUGAAUCAUUGGGGCUUUACAUAUAUUGACAAAAUUGUGUGGGUGAAGAAGACCAAAAAUGAUCAAAUAUUUGCUGGAACUGGCUACUACUUUUUACACUCGACCGAGUUAUUAUUGGUUGGUGUUAAACAUGGUUCUACAAAGAAGAAUGGCCAAAAACUGCAGUACAUUUCCAAAGUCUCCAAUGAUAUUUUAUUUAGUAAGGUUGGCAUUCAAUCUCAAAAACCAAAAGAAGUUUAUGAAAUUAUUGAAAAUAUGGUACCAGGAGCUAGAAAAAUUGAAUUAUUUGGUCGAAAUCACAACAUUCGACGUGGUUGGUUGAGUGUUGGCAAUCGUCUUGGUGAAGCAUUUGAAAAGGAAAUGACCAGCUAUUCUUGCACCAAGUGUGAUAAAAACCUAUUUUCCCCAGACAUGAUGGGAACCUCUAAGAAUAUUCCUAGAUAUAAGAGCCAUGUGGACCCAACUGUAAAUUUAUGUUCACAAUGUGCUGAUAAGUAUGAAAAACAAUAUGGACCUUAUUUUGUAAUUGAAAAUACUUGUACAGAACCAAUAUUCCACGAUUGGUAUGCAUGUGACAAUUGUGAAAUGUAUCCAAUAUGUGGAUCUAGAUUCUCGUGUAAAGAAUGUGAUAAGGAUUUUGAUGUGUGUGAGGAAUGCUUUGAUGCCACCAUGACUAGCACACCUGAGGAAGGAGGUCAUCAACAUGCUGCAUCUGCAUUUACCUGUAUUGAAUUUCCAGACCCUGGUUGUGGUUAUGCUGUUCAUGUGGAUAAGCGUUGCACUUCUUGUUUGGCAUGUCCCAUUGUUGGUGAACGAUUUAUGUGUACAGAAUGUAAGGACGUGAAUUUGUGUAGAAAAUGUUUCUUUUUACAAAAGGAACCUAAAGGACACAAAUGUACUCAUGAAAUUUCACUCAUUCCAGAACCAAGACAUGUUCAUUCGAAACUUAAAUGUGCAGCAUGUGCUACUGUGGGUCUGGAGGGACCUAUUCACAAAUGCAAAACAUGCAUGUCAUUCAUACUGUGUAACAAGUGUUAUAUUUUACAUGAGAAGAAUUAUGAAAGCCUGCACUUGGACAAGUAUACGACACACAAGCCAUUCCAUUCAUUUAUGCGUAUGAAGUGA